AGGUGACCGUUCGUCCGGCUGCUCGUGAACGCGGUUCACGACGCGCCAGUAUGCAUACGGUGGUACUCGCGUGCUGACGGUCCGCCGCGCGAGUCCGACCGACUGGUACCAGCGCGGUACCAGUUGCCCUCCAGCCAGCGCGAUCGCCCUCGCGAGUACCGAGAUUUUCUCUUUCUCUUUCUCGCUCUCUUUCCACCUGCCUCUUCCUUCGUCGACGUUUCGAGAGCCGAUCUAACCCGCGAGUGCUUCGUAUCACGGUGCCGGCGCGCGAGCGUGGUGAUUCAUCAUAGCCGUUCGCGCCGGUCGAAUUCCGCUCACCUGCGGGGGGGAAGAGCGGGCCUCGAAAUACGUCGAGGCGGGAAUUCCGAAUAGAGAGCGGCCGAGAGAGAGAGGAGGUCACACACGCGCCGGGAAGAGUCGCCGUCGCGUUCUCUUCGUCUUCUCUUCCUCUACUUCGUCUCUCCGCUGAUUCCGCGCCCGGGCCGACCGUCUCCUUCGUGCUCGGGGACCCGAGCGAGACGGUCGACCGGCGAAGACACGCCGGUUGCGGCAGGUCGCGAAGAACGGGUCUCAAGAUGGCCUACAUUAUCCGGCGUUAUCGGUGAGAGGAGGAACCAGGACGGGCCGGCGGCGCGACUCGAGCGAGCUGACUAGGCGGUGAGGCCAGAGGAAGAGGGGAACAAUGGGACAAGCCUGGUGCAAGGAGAGGUCCUGCAAGGCCCAGGACUCCAAGUCGCCGUUGGAUCGCGUGUUCGUGCGAUGCGCGCAUCGGAUUUAUCCAAGUUUAAAGGAGGAGGGCUCGGUCUUAGGAGGCGCCACGCAGCGAGUUACGAGCUCCGAAAUAGGAUACGCCGGCUCGCCGCCGAGGGAGGUGCUCACCAGGGGCAGGAGCAUAGACUCCGUGGACAGGCCCUUUCAUCCUAGCGACUGGGUGGACGUUAAUCUGGAAGUGCCCAGCCCGCCGAGAACGAGCUCGGUUCUCACGAAUUUAACUGUCGACACUAGUCCGUAUCCCGCCGCUACACCUACGUCCAGCUGUUCCAAUCCGAAGAACGUCACUCCCGUGCCACCUCCGAGGCGAAAGAAGAUAAACAGAGGCAGACCACUGCCACUGAAACCGGACGAGAUUCCUGAGAACGUAACCGCCAAUUUGAGACGCGGCUCGACGAGCGAGGAACCGUUACAGCCGUCGGUCAAGUCGCCGAAGACGACGACGAGCGGCGACGAGCGGAGCGGCGAUGGCGAGACGCGAGCAUCGGGGAGGAUCGGCGCGGACGAUGCGAAGCACGAAGGGCGAAGGACGAGGGAGAUCUACGAACACAAGGUUAACGGCACUGGAAGGAUAAUAUCCAGCGACGUGGUUUCCGGCAGGCGAACGUCCGCCGACAAGAAAACUUCGAGAACUUCGGAGCCAGGCCACCAUCACAGGAAAGUUCUCGAGAAUGAGGAAUACGAGAGAUUCGCCAGGAGCGAGUCGAUCAAGGGCUCUUCGACUCCUAAUCGCCAGGACAGACGGAACUCGAAGGAGCUCGAGAAGCGGAUCAGGGAUCCCUCGAGGGACGACGACAGAACGGAAGCAAAUACAAGGACGAAGAACUACAGCACCGUUAGCUUGCCGAAUUACGAUGAGCUGGACGUGUCUAGGCAUCCUGCGAAGAGUACGAAGGACGAGAGAGGCGCGGGGGAGAAAAUGAAGUCGAAGAGACCCGUCCGAAGCAGCACCGGCUCGCUUCCGGCCGAAUCUUUCCUAUCGCCUUUCUCCGAGAAAACCAGCGUGCGCCUCGAGGACUACAUACCGCGGCGCGGCAGCGUCGAGCAUCUGUCGCCGUAUCAGGUGCUGGGUAAGCUGGGCUGCAGCGAGAACGAGGUCACCGACGGCGGAUUCAUGAAGUACGAUCCGAGUAAAUUGGAGGAUUGGGACCUCAGCGACAUCAGUAAUUGCGACUCGGCGAACCGGCGUCUCUCCGUCGAGAAUUUGCCGCGAAUCGAAAUCCACGACGACGAGCCCGCGGAGAGAGGACUCUCUAAGGGUGCGGAUGUUGUGGACUAUCCGCAAAACGCCGAGACCGGGGAAGCUGAGACGACCGAGCUCGAAGUAUCGUGCGUUACCCGAGAUAUGACCCUGUCGUUGCAGAAGCCCGAAUCCUUCGGCAUGGUGCCGUCGCCGACGCUCGAUUCCGACAAAGAUCCCAACGAUUGGUUCGCAGAUCCGAGCAGAUCGUUAAAGCACUUCGAUCCUCCGACGAUGGUGGAAAUUAGUCAAGCGCCACCGACUGCCGACUUAGCGACAUCGCCAGUUCGCAGGGAGCCAUUUUUUCUGAACGAGGACCUCCACCGCUCGGCUUUGGAUACGAUCGGCGGGUCCUGCAGGAACGGCGCCGUCGUCCGGGAAUCCGAUCGAUCCGACCAAUCGAGGCUGAUCUUCGGCCGUAGCCUGUCGAACGAGAGCGAGCCGUACGACGAUCCUUACGAGUCGAAGGAGUUGCGUGCGCAUACCGACGUAACGGACAAGUUAAUCAGAACGAUAUCGGAGGAGUCGCUGCCGCAGGAGAUGCUGGAGGGCGUCGACGAGGAGAUCGUCGACUUCUUCGACGAGAAGCUCGCCAAGGAUACGAGCAACAAAUUGAAGAAGGAUUGCCAGGAUCAGCGGGUAAAGACGCCACCGCCGAGCCCCGAGCCGAAGAUCAAAGCUCAGAUCUUGGAUAACGAUCAUACGACCUUGCUGAAGGUGCUGAAUGACGAGGCGGCCGAAGGGAGUAAUCUCAGCUCGAUGACGCCGAGCCUCACCGAGCUGGAGGCGGCACUCUCGGACAUGUUGGAGAAGGAGGACCAGCCCGACGAAGUAACCAAGCGGCAGGAGAAGGCCGACGGGAAACCGGCUCUGAAUCUCGUGGAGAAGCUCCUCGAGCCGAAAAUCGUGCCGUCGGUGGAGAAGCGUAGCGCGAUCGACAGAACUGUGAUGGAUCAGCAUCGUCCGGCGAGCGACGAUGACAUUCUAGUCGGUAGAACGUCCGAGGAUAAGACGGACCGUCUGUCCGUGUCGUUGGAACAGAUCUUCGGCGACACGGAGUCAACGUCGAAAACGAGGAAGGUGUCGUUUUGUACCUGGGAGGACAAGCCCAUGACGGAGGUCGAUGUGAAGAACGCCGCGGAGCCGGGAGCGACCGUGAAUACACACGGGGCGACGAGUCCCUGUUCGAAGGAUUCUCUCGUCGAGUCGGACCUUGAAUCGGACUUCUUCCACUGCCUCGUCGGUGAUAUCAAUGUCGGCCCGGCGAAGGGCAACGCGAUCGGAGACGCGCCCGAGAAACCCGUCAGAUUGUUUCCAAAUUUGGAGGACGCAGCCGGGGAUUUCCCUACGCCACCACGGAGGCGAAACAGGAGCUCGGGCGUUACAAAGGAGCUCAUCAGGAGUGUGGAAAGUUACCCCGAGGAUCCCGAUCCGCGUCCCGACGACAGGCUCAUUUAGUAAUCGACGACGAUACACGGAUAAUACGGCUCUGAAAAGUUGCGCGUGCCGACGCCGAUCGUCGAUGCGUUUAAUCCAUUAAUUCGUAAUCCCUAUGGGCUUAUAACCGUGUAAUUAAUAAAACCAAGGAAAAGGAACAAAAAGACGAGUGUAUAAUGAGUGCGUUAUCACUUAAAUUCGAGCUUCUCUUAACGCUUAAGUCUAACGAAAGUAUCAAGCCAAUAUAACGUUGUACCGGCACCGUCGUAUCGCACGGAUUGUUGGGAACUUUGGAAUCGCGUCGGAUGUAUAGGCAAAUUAACUCUCUCUCUCUCUCUCUCUCUUUUUCUCUCUCACGAAAAUGAGAAAUAAAAAGAAAAGAAAGAAAAAAUCAAGUACAAAGGACGCGAGAUUCUCCCGCGCCGAUAACGAGGCGCGUUUUUCUCCUGCAUCCCGCGACACCGCGCCGGGCAAAUGGGAUUUGAAAAAUAUUUUCCGUGACGUUCAAAAGAAAUCAAAUUGUUCCGUAGAUCACGCGGAGAGGCGAAUGUUUUCCUACGCGAGCGUAACCGGGAGAGCAAAUAACGAGAUCUCUGCGAAUUCUUGGCGAGUGUACAACGCUCGGCUAUGUUGACGUUGAACGCUUUCCCCGAACGAUUUCUCCGCAUACGGUAGUUAAGUGCGUCCGGAUAAUCUUGGAUGUACUUCGAGGAAGUCGCGAAAAUUCCCGUUCUUCACGGUGAACUUCUCUCUCUCUCUCUGUCUCUUACUUUCCGACGAACUCGAAGCGUGCUGCCUAAAUUACGCGGGAUAUGAACAAUUAUUCCGCUCUUGUAUUCUCAUCGAUUACCGUUAACAUUUUGUCUCACUUACGGCGGCACUUAAUUACGAAGUUUACCCGUUUCGUUGUAAAUCACAAUUUCCUCGUCCGAUAGGACGCACACGCACACGAUUGAAUUUACAUUUGAAUUGUUUCUAAUUACUAGAAGAGUUAGUAGAGGAACGUCAUUGUUGAAGUUUUAGAAAAACGCUCGUCGCGAGACACCGUCUCGCAUAUUCGGCAGAAAUCGUCCGUCGGUUUUUCAUCUUCGCGGGUCAGCAUGCAGGGCAUGAUCCGCGUUGAGAAGUUGUCGAAGAAGAAGAAGAAGAAGAGGAAACGAGAAAACGCAGACGGCACAAGAGUGGAAGAGGAAGUUUCUCAUUAUGGGCAAGCUUUGUGCGAAGCGACUCGUGUCGCGCACUUUAAUCUCGUUCGCGUUUGAGGAACUAAGUUCUUGUAACAUACUGUACGUAUACGCGAGUAUCAACUUUGCGAACAAGUUGUCUAAUAAUUAUCGUUGUAUAGUCGGCGCUACCGUUGUGCGAGUUUCAGCUUAGAAGCGAACGAAAUAAAGAACAUUAUGGAA